ACUUUGGUCGGCGGCGCAUCACGACAACACCACGAACCACCCCAGUUGACCUUGCCAAAAGUGCGAAGAGGACCGAGAAGACACGCAACUAUGUCUCGGGUCAGCCUCCAAUCCCCGCUCCUCCAGGCGGUGCUGCGACGGCCAACCGCCCAGCUAAUUCCUCGCUGUGCUCUGGCGACGACGAAACCCACUGCUGCUCGCAGCAUCUCGCACCUCCCCACCCUCCGACCAACACUCACCACCCCAUCGCCCAUCUUCCGCGCCGCGAACGCCCAGCGCUUCGCACCAGCAGCAACAACCACGCUCAUGGCCGGCACAGAAACGGCGACGGGCGAGGUGGCCGACGUGCUGGGCAAGGCGGCGGUGACGGCGCACCCGGCGCUCGCGGGCUGCGCCAGCCAGAUGCGCUGCGGCCCGCGCGCCAACAUGUCCGGCGCCAGCCGCCUCAUCCAGAAGCGCCGCCACGGCUUCCUCAGCCGCCUGCGCUCCAAGGCGGGGCAGAAGAUGAUCACGCGGCGGAGGACGAAGGGGAGGAAGAAGUUGGGGCAUUAGGGGUUGGGUGGUUGGGUUCUGGGGGUA